UUCAGAAUCAACCCUCUCUCUCUCUCUCUCACACACACACAGUCUGCUUCCACCACAGUCAUGGAUUAUAAUCUCCUCCUGCUGCUGCUGUGGACCUGCAGCCUCCCUCCAGAUCUUCACUGUUUCAACUUUGACUCAAAGAACUUCAAGAUCUUCUCUGGCUCUAAAGAGGCUCAGUUUGGAUACACGGUCCAACAACAUGAGGCAGGAGGACGCCAGUGGUUACUGGUGGGGGCUCCCUUUGAAUCCACAGGAGCGCAGCAGACUGGUGAUGUGUUCAGGUGUCCACUAGACACCAGGGAUUCUUCAAACUGCAGCCGACUCAACCUGGGGAAACUGUCUCUGGACGACGUGUCGGAGAGGAAAGACCAGAUGAGACUGGGUAUGACGCUGACGUCCAGCCCCAAAGACGGCAGCUUUGUGACCUGUGGACCGCUCUGGUCUCACGAGUGUGGAAGCUCCUUGUACAGCACAGGAAUCUGCUCCAGAGUCAGUCGCACCUUCAGACUGUCCCACACCAUCGCACCGGCCCUGCAGAGGUGUGAGACGUUCAUGGACAUCGUGAUUGUUCUGGAUGGUUCUAACUCCAUCUACCCGUGGUACGAGGUCCAGGACUUUCUCAUCAACAUUCUGCACAAGUUCUACAUCGGCCCAGGUCAGACGCAGGUGGGCGUGGUUCAGUACGGCUCCACGGUCGUCCACGAGUUCACUCUGGGCGAUUACGAGACUGUGGAGGAGGUGGUGGAGGCGGCCAGGAGCAUCGACCAGCGGGGCGGAGAGGAGACAAGGACGGCGCUGGGCAUCAACGUGGCGAGGUCGGAGGCAUUCAAACGUGGUGGUCGUCGUGGUGCUCAGAAGGUGAUGAUCGUCAUCACAGACGGUGAAUCUCACGACAGUCCUCAGCUGGUUCAGGCCGUCGCUGACAGCGAGAGAGACAACAUCACCAUGUACGCCAUCGCUGUUCUGGGUUAUUACAACCGUCGGGGAAUCAACCCUGAAGCCUUCCUCAAAGAAAUCAAGUUCAUCGCCAGUGACCCAGACGAGAAGCACUUCUUCAACGUGACGGAUGAGUCGGCGCUGAAGGACAUCGUGGACGCUUUGGGGGAGAGGAUCUUCACUCUGGAAGGAACCAGCAGCCACGGCCGAGGGUUCGGACUUCAGAUGGCUCAGGCUGGUUUUUCCUCACAUUUAGUGAAAGACGGCGUUCUGCUCGGAGCGGUCGGCGCCUACGACUGGAACGGAGCCGUGCUGAAGGAGACCAAACACGGGAAGGUUGUUCCGCCAAAAUCGGCGUAUCAGGACGAGUUUCCAGAGGAUCUGAAGAACCACGGAGCAUAUCUGGGUUACUCAGUGGGAUCGCUGGUUUCAUCUCGUGGCGCUCAGCUCUAUGUGGCCGGAGCACCGAGGUUCAACCACACGGGCAAGGUCAUCGUCUUUACCCUGAAGAACAACGGGAACCUGACCAUCCUGCAGGCGCUGCUGGGAGAACAGAUCGGAUCGUACUUCGGCAGCGAGUUGCUGUCGAUGGACGUGGAUGUAGAUGGACAGACAGACGUCCUCCUGGUGGCGGCGCCCAUGUACUACAGCCAGGGAUGGGAGAGAGGGAGGGUUUACGUCUAUUCUGUUACGCCUCAGACAUCAUUUGUCCUGCAGGGGGCGCUGGAGGUGUCCGAUCGCUCCCAGAACUCCCGUCUGGGUUCAGCGUUGGCCCAGAUUCCCGACAUGAAUGGAGACGGAUUCAGGGAGCUUGUGGUCGGAGCACCACUGGAGGACGACCACCAGGGGGCAGUUUAUGUCUUUUAUGGCCAGGACAAAAGUCUCCAGCGUCAGUACAGACAGCGUCUCUCUGCGGCUGGAUUCUCCGCAGGACUGCAGUACUUUGGACAGAGCGUCCACGGUGUCAUGGAUGCCAACGCAGACGGACUGGUGGACCUCGCGGUGGGAGCACUGGGAGCUGCCGUCAUGAUCUGGUCUCGUGGUGUGGUGAGGAUCGAGGCCAAACUGACCUUUGAACCCGAGAAGAUCAACAUCUUUAACAAGGACUGUAGUCGAGGAGGGAAGGAGGUCACAUGUAUGUCGGUGACUGUUUGUCUGAGUCCGGACUCCAGGACUAAGACCAGGUCUAAGACCAGGACAGAAGUAGCUCUGUGGUUCAGCCUGACCUUGGAUGAAAGACGUUUCCCUCCACGAGCCGUUCUGGACGAGUCAGACCGGCAUCAGCUGAAGAAUCUGCUCCUGCCGACAGGAGUUAAGAGCUGCCAACGCCUCAGCUUCUCUGUCCAGGAGACGACAGAUUACGGACGUCCCAUCGCAGUCGUCCUGGAGACGGGGAUGCAGGACCCAGACGAAGGCCUGGUGCUGGAUCCUGACUGGCCGAACGUCCUCAGGGCCGAGCUUCCUUUCUGGAAUGGCUGUGAGCAGGAGGACACCUGCGUCCCUGACCUCGUCCUCCACAGUCACACUGACCUCAUGGAUGUUCAGCAGUUCUGCAGCUCGAAGGACCAGGCGUCAUGGUCACUGUGCUGCCACCAGGGGGCGUUGCCGGGGUCAGUGUUUGUGGUGGAGACUGGACGGAGGGGGAUAGUGGUGUUCGCUCGCCUGGAGAACCGGGGAGAGAACGCGUACGGAGCCGCCGUCCACAUCUCCACCUCGCCCAACCUGCUCUUCUCCAGCCUCAUCGUCAAGGACCAAUCAGACGUUCAGAUUGACUGCUACAACUCGCUGGACAAUCAGACGUUCUGUAACGUGAGCGCUCCGUUCAUGAAGUCCAUGUCUCAGAUUUCUUUCCGCCUGGAGUUUCAGUUCAGCCGCUCUGUCUUCCUGGAUCACGCACAAGUCGUCAUGGCGACCACCAGUGAGGGUCAAGAAGGAUUUCCAGACGACAACAUCAACGACAUCUCUCUUCUUCUGUUGUACCAAACAGAGCUGCUGUUCACCAGGGACACUAACACUCAUCGCUUUGAGAUCCAAACCUCACCGUCCGCCUCUUCAUCGUGGGACCAGCUGGACAGCAGCACUCACACCUUCAACCUCACCUACUGUAUCCAGAACCUGGGAUUCUUCUCAGUGGACAAUGUCCACUUCAGAUGUGAUAUCUGGGCAGUGACUGGACAGAACAACCAGCUGGUGAACAUCACAGACUACAGCAUUGAGCAGGUGGCAGGGUCUCACUGCACACUACCUCAACUCGGAACAACCAAUCAGGUGAAAGACGAGGACCUGUCUCCGCUGUCACAGCUGAACCACACCAACAGCAUGAGCCUGGUGGUCCAGUGUGGACUGAACCUGACGACCUCCAGACAAGUGAAGGUGACGCUCAGAGGGAAACUGCAGCUUCCUGCGCUGCUCGCUGUGAACUUCAGGUCUCUGGAGUUGUUGACUGCCGCCUCUAUUCAACUGGAAGCGACCAGUCCUAUGUUCCUCCAGGAGGACAGACCUGUGAGACAGAUUGUCCUUGAGCUGAGGAAGGAGGAAGGCCACAGCGUCCCCUUCUGGAUUAUACUGGGAAGUUCACUCGGAGGUCUGCUCCUGCUGGCCUUACUGGUUCUGGCGCUGUGGAAGCUCGGCUUCUUCAGCAGACACAGGAGACAGGAAGAGGAGGAGCGACCUGUAGCCAAUGGGAAGGCAGCAGAGGAGCUAUGAGGUGUGGCUGACACCGAUGCUGACUGCAUGCAUCAUGAGCCACCACCUGUCACUCAGGGACCCUGAUGCCCCCCCCACCCCGACCCCCAGCCAAUCACACAGCCAGUCACAAGCAUUGACAAAAUGAGCCACACUGACGCCACCUACAGGCGACCGAAUCACAUGCACACCUAGCGUCUUGUUUACGAGCUAGCCGGCAGCCAGCAUAUGAGCUAGCCAGGAUGCUAAUGUUAGCUGAAAUGAAUUAGCCUUGAACUAUAAGAAGGACAGUUAAAGCUUCUGUAAAGACAAAAACGUGGAGACUUGUGGCGUCCACGUUCCAUCAUCAUUUACCUGCACGCUAGCUGGUUACAUUUACCCAACAUGCUAACAUCUGAUAAAAUUAAUUUCAUGCUAUUGGCUACAUUGAGCCAGGAUGCUCAUGUUAGCUAAUGUUGUUCUUUUGAGCUGGGAAAAAAAGAAACAGAACAUUUUUUAUAACAGCAAAAAGCUCCUUUAAAGAUACGUUUACAUAAAUGUCAAAUGCAUGCUAACCAGUCACAUUUAGCUAGCACGCAACCCCCCCCCCCACAGAAGUUAUAACUUCUGUGGAGACAAGAAUUAGAAGACGUUCAGUGGCACCAAGCAUGUCGUGUUUAAAACUUUACAUGAGUUCUAUUUGCAGACAACAAUCUUUCAAUUCACCCACAUACUAGCUGGCAAGUUUUAUCUAGCAUGCUAACAUGAACUAAAAUUUGCCAUAAUGUUCACUUUUGAGCUGCAGCCAGGGGGAGCUGUUUGCUAAAGCUUCCUUAAAGACAAGAACAAGGAGACGCCCGGCGUCAUGCUCCCAACUUCCCAUGAUAAAACAUGCUAACGCUUGCUAAAAUUAUUUUAUCAUGUCAUUUUCAAAAUUUGCCUUGUCAUGAAGAUGAGUUUGUGAGGCGCCAUCUAUUCAUUUUCAUUACAUAAACACUAGCCGGCAUGCUAACUACAUCUAGCCAGUUAGCCAACAGGCAUCAAACCAGCAUGCCUGUGUUAGCUGAAAUGAAUUAGCCUUUGAGCUAUAAGGAGGACAGUUAAAGCUUCUGUAAAGACAAAAACAUGGAGACGUGGCGUCCACAUUCCAUCAUUAGUUACCAUACGUUAGCUGGUUACACAUAUCCAACACGCUAACAUCUGAUAACGUUAAUAACGUUAAUGUAACGUUAAGGUUCUUUUUAAAGGGUUUUUGUUAAAAACACGAGCGGUAGUUGGGGCGGUUAACAAACGAUUUCAUCAUCAAUGACAUAAAUAACAAAAUGGACGACUAAGAAGAAGAAAACUACCUAAGAUGGCUGACUUGAUUAUCUGCUUCUUUUUUUAAAUACUAAUGGAACAUAUAAACAAUCUUACACAUUGUAUAUUAUUUUUUUAUUUUCAUAUCUGAUGCACUUUUGUUGUAUAAAAUUAAACUUGAACUUUGUGUAAAUACACCUGUUUGAUUAAAAGAAGAAAAAAAAAGGAUAGUGGCAUUAUGUUUCUGUCACUUUU